AUGACGAAGUCCAAAAUCGACAAGCAGGCUUACGCCGCCAGCGCCAUGUUAGCAGCCGCCAACGCUCAGCGAGAGGCUCACGCCAAACGGGCCGUCACCACCGCCGCCGCCAACAGAACCCUAGCCGAGGCCCUCCACGCCCACAUCGAGAGCAACACCGUCCCUACCGACAUGGACGUUAUAGAAGCCUUCCGCUUCGACUGCGUCUUCACCAUGGCCGACAGGCGCAACCUCCUCACCCUCUACCGCCACCUGGUCCUCGACCAUGGCGUUUCCACCGCCGCCAUUCAGGGCUGGAUCGCCGAGGGCAAGGAGACCGUCACCGCCCGCAUCGAGGAGCUCUUCCAACCGCAUCGCGACAAGAUACCCACCGUCCGCUCAAUCAUGGCGGAGAAGUGGUACCGCAAGAACCCCCACGUCUUUGACCACAUCGGCGGCAGCCGCACCGCGGAGGAUAGAGAGAAAGAUACGGUCCUUCAGGCGAUCCUCUGCGGCGCCACGCCCGGAGAGAGGAUGGCUGGCGGCGUCGGUGCUACCCGCGAGGUAGACACACAGAUGCGCCUCGUGGAGGCGGAUAUCAUGGCGCGCGCGGACAAGGGGGAGAAUAUUGCAUACCUCAUCAGUAGGCCGCAGAUGGCCAACGAGGCGAUCGUGUUCGCCCCUUGCAACAGGACCCACGACGACAAGCUGCCGAUGAAGAUUAAGAUUGUGGAGUUGACUCCGGAUGGCAUGUGUACCGGCGUGCUCCACGUGGCUGCGACUCUUGACGAGGCCAAGGAGUAUGCCACGGAUGCGUACUAUGAGGCGGAGAGAAUGAAGUGGGAGGGAAAGCAAGCUGUCGAGGGCAAGGGUGAGGGUAAAACUGGUGAUGGAGAGAAGGGUAAGGCUAAGGCCAAGGCCAAGGAUGGGCUUGAUUGUAUUCAGGACAUGGUGUCUUCGCUCAAGGUUGAUGAUGUUGAUUGA